AUGCGUCCUACGACGAGUGCCCUUGUGCUAGGCCUUGCCCUCAGCCGGGUAUCGGCUAUCCACGUGGCAACUGGUUCACCUUGCCAGACACUAUGCGGCAACGUACUCGAUGCGACGACCAAGAACGACGUUGUAUGCGACGAGCACUCGUACUCCAGCAGCGCCGGUUCUGUAUACCAGCAAUGUGUGUCUUGCGAGUUGACCAGUGACUUUACGACCAGCACCAACGAGACAGACACGCAAUGGGCGUUGUACAACCCAAAUGUCGGAUCAAGCCCGUGUCUCACAAGUGAUCUGGCUUCCAACGUCACCGAGUUUGAGUACUGCGAUGUCUGGGAUCAUAACCAGGUCGCCAGCUUUCUUACCAUCCUUGACGCGGGCUGCCAGCAAAAACCCGUGCCCGGCACUACAAUUUCUGUUGACGGGUCUCCAUUCUCAAAAACUCGGGUCAACAUCACGGAGCCAACGCCGACGAACACGUACGUCUCGGACUACGACAGCGGUCCCAUCAGUCUCGGCGGCAAGGUUGGAAUUGCGAUUGGAGGCGUUGUUCUCCUUCUUGUGGUUACCGGUUUCUGCAUCGUGUGGAACGGGAAGAGGAGACGUAGAGCAUUCUUGAAGACACUCGAAAUGAAACAGCAGAGUGGCGGCGGUCGGUCCGGAUGGCCAACGCCGCUGAAUACCAGUGGCAUCGGCGGUACUCCCCUCAGCCAGAAGCCCUUGCGAACCUGGGACGCCUCGCCGCAGAGCCAGGGGCCUUCUCGUGGAUGGGACGACUCACCGAUGAGUGCCAAUGGGGAACAACCGUACACGAGAUACUUCUCUCCAUACUCUUCUCAGUACAACAGCCCAGUGAGCGGUACCGAGGCACCUGCCAUGCAAUGGCCGGUAAACGACGCGAACCCCCAAAGACAACCUCAAGAAAUUGGUCUUGCGCUUGGAGGAGAUAGCCAAGAGCAGAGGUGGAAUGACUCGAAAGGAAAAGAGCGAUCGGAGUCGUACGAGAUGAGAGAUGUUGAGCCUGAGUGGGACGCCCGACAGAGGUACCCAAGCCCACCCAACGUCCAGCAGCCGGCGCACACGGUGUACGCUGAACACAACCCGGCGGCCUACCACGGUCUGACAGAGGAGGAUCUGCGGAGAGGCUUCAAGUCCUCCAACACCACGAGACCUUCCAUUCCGACGUUCACGAGCCAACGUCAGACACCCAUUGCACCUGACACGCCUUUGUCGGUUCGGUUCAAUUCGGAAAUAAUGGCCAUGGAAAUUGUCAAGCACGGCGAGGAGGAGGAGUUCGCCAUCAAGCCCCAGGCCUCUGUCCCUCACCUGGACACGAGCAGCUGGCCUCUGUUGCUCAAGAACUACGACAAGCGCAAGCUUCUUCCAGUUCUCGUCCGGACGGGUCACUUCACCCCCAUUCCGGCAGGAUGCAGCCCUCUGAAGAGAGACAUCAAGUCCUACAUCUCUUCCGGUGUCAUCAACCUUGACAAGCCCUCCAACCCCAGUUCCCACGAGGUUGUCGCUUGGGUCAAGCGUAUCCUUCGCGUUGAGAAGACCGGUCACAGCGGUACCCUUGAUCCCAAGGUCACUGGUUGCUUGAUUGUUUGCGUCGACCGUGCCACCAGACUCGUCAAGUCCCAGCAGUCUGCUGGUAAGGAGUAUGUUGCCGUCAUCCGCCUUCACGACAAGCUGCCCGGCGGCAAGGUCCAGUUCGCCCGCGCUCUCGAGACUUUGACUGGUGCCCUCUUCCAGCGCCCUCCUUUGAUCUCUGCCGUCAAGCGUCAGCUGCGUAUCCGUACCAUUCACGAGAGCAAGCUCAUCGAGUUCGAUAAUGAUCGCCACCUCGGUGUCUUCUGGGUUUCUUGCGAAGCUGGAACCUACAUCCGUACCCUCUGCGUCCAUCUCGGUCUGUUGCUCGGUGUUGGUGGCCACAUGCAGGAGCUCCGAAGAGUGCGCUCUGGUGCCAUGGGCGAGAGCAAGGAGAUGGUUACUCUGCACGACGUGCUUGAUGCUCAGUGGACCAUGGACAACACCAGGGAUGAGUCUUACCUGCGCAAGGUCAUCUCUCCCCUGGAGACUCUUCUCACUGGCUACAAGCGUGUUGUGGUCAAGGACAGCGCUGUCAACGCUGUCUGCUACGGUGCUAAGCUUAUGCUUCCCGGUCUUCUGAGAUACGAGUCCGAAAUUGAGGUUCACGAUGAGGUCGUUCUCAUGACCACCAAGGGUGAGGCCAUCGCCCUCGGCAUUGCUCAGAUGUCCACCGUCGAGAUGUCGACAUGCGAUCACGGCGUGGUUGCCAAGGUCAAGAGAUGCAUCAUGGAGCGCGACUUGUACCCCAGAAGAUGGGGUCUUGGUCCCCUCGCCUCCGAGAAGAAGAAGAUGAAGGCCGACGGCAAGCUCGACAAGUACGGCCGCCCCAACGAGGCCACUCCCGCCAAGUGGGUGUCGGAGUACAAGGACUUCGGAGCUCCUGCUGGUGAGGCUGCUCCUGCAGCGGCGGCUCCGGCCACUCCCCAAAAGGCGGUGGAGUCUACGACAGCUACUCCCGCCGCAGUCACCCCUGCCAAUGCCGAGGAUGAUGGCGAGUCCAAGAAACGCAAGAAGCACGAGGGCGAGACACCCGACGAGAAGGCGGAGCGCAAGCGUCGGAAGGCUGAGAAGAAGGCGGCCAAGGCCGCGAAGAAGGCAGCCAAGGGUGGUGCUGACGACGAUGACGACAGCGAGUAA